GUCAUCAGGAGGCGCCGCGGGCGCGGCCAUGGCGGACCCGGCCCGGGACGCGCUCGGUGCCGCCGCGCCGGAGCCGCCGCCCGCAGGCUGCUCCCCGCCCGCCGCCGGCGAUGCAGCGGCUGUGGGGGAAGCGGCAGCCGCAGAGGGAGCGGGAGAAGGCGAGGUGGGGGAGGCUGGCGGUGGCAGCGAGCUGAAGGCGGAGGUGGCGGACGGGGAGGUGAGGAGCGCGGACGGGGAGGCGGCGGACUCGGAGGACCCGGCGCUGCAGGCGAGCGCGGCCAGGAAGGUGAAGCUGGAGCUGAAGGAGCGGAAGGAGAAGAAGCAGAAGGUGGACGAGGACGAGAUCCAGAAGAUGCAGAUCCUGGUCUCCUCCUUCUCCGAGGAGCAGCUGAACCGCUACGAGAUGUAUCGCCGCUCCGCCUUCCCCAAGGCCGCCAUCAAACGGCUGAUCCAGUCCAUCACCGGCACCUCGGUGUCCCAGAACGUCGUCAUCGCCAUGUCGGGCAUCUCCAAGGUGUUUGUUGGGGAGGUGGUGGAGGAAGCCCUGGAUGGGUGUGAGAAGUGGGGGGAGCUGCCCCCCCUGCAGCCCAAGCACAUGAGGGAGGCCGUCAGGAGGCUCAAGGCCCGUGGGCAAAUCCCCAACUCCAAGUACAAAAAGAUCAUCUUCCACUGAGAAAGGCUGAGGUGAGCUUCCUGUGGGAGCUUCCCACGUGGACUCUUCCCCAAGGCCCCUCUGGGGGGGCCUGUGGGGCCUCAAGGAUGUUCCUGCUGGGCAGAGCCUGGAUGCACCCUCAGCCUGCACUCUGGGGUCUCAGCACAGCAGGGAGAGGAACAGCAGGGGCUGCAGAGCAUUUCCUGCUGGCCCAGAUGUGCUGUCUGUGCCCAGAUGUGGCUUUUUUUGUACAUUAAACUUAUUCUUGUGUUCAUAACCUGACUGGGAUCUGCUCCGUGUGUGACCCAAGGUGCUCCCAGAGCUGCUCCCAGCCUGGGGCUGGCACAUCUCAAGUCAGGGCUCAGCUGUGCUUCCAAAUCCAGGAGCUGCCCAAAAACCAGCAGCGUUGGGGUGGAGGGGGAAGGAGAAGCAGGAAAAGAGGCCCGAGCCUGGAAGGAGGUUAAUGAGUUUAAUUUUGCUCCUGGUUCAUAGAACCAAUAAAUGCAUCAGUGGAAACAAACUGCAGCAGAGUUGCAAUACUGCCUAAAAUUCAAAUUCAAGUUCAGGCUUGCACAUUCCCCCAUCCCCUCCCAGGGGCCCUGGGAGCUGCUCCUGCCCCUGUGGGAGGUGCUGAUGCCACGUGCUCUCCCAUGGCACCUGUGCCAGGCAGGACUCCCUGGGCUCUCACUGGAACACAGGAAAAUCCUUAAAUAAGAGGCUCCACAAAGUAAACUUUGAUAUUUACAAUCUGUGAGGACCCAGGAGGUUUUGUCCUCCCACGUGUGUGGGUUUUGGGUUACACUCCUUUUUACUGGGUCUUCAAAGCAAAGGAAAUGUUUGAAUUCUUCAACAAAACCCGUGGACUGAAGUUGCUGGAGCAAGGAAUUUGCUGUAAACAACCUGGCCCCAGCUGUGCUCAGCCUGCACACGUGGGAGGAGCUGUGGGACCCUGCAGGCUGGGCAAACCCUUGGCAUACCCUUCCCAUACUCACACAAAAUGCCAUGAAAAUUUGAAAAAGCAGAAGAGAGAAACCUCCCAUUUUCAAGCAAUUAAUGAAGAAAAAGCAGGAAUACCGUGGCAUUCCACCUCAGGCAAGCAGUUCUCAGAGCUCCUGCUCCCCCACAGGGAGAGGGAGCAGCACAAAGGUUUGGUGAAACAAAAUCCUGCUGGUGGGCAGUUCCCAGCAGUGCUCACAGGGAGCUGCUCCAGUGAUUUCCUUUUGGGAUCAGGGCUGGCAGGUUCUGGGGUCCCAUCCCCAGCAGCCCCUCAGCCCUGCUGAAAGAUUCCACCCAGUGCUGAAAACCCCACAGCUCCUUCCUCAGCAGCCACAGCUGCUCCUCCUCCUCCCCACUGGGGAACUCGGGCACACAAAGCUCUGAGGACAAGGUGCAUCCCAAAAAACACCCAGGUCAUCACCUGAGACUGAACCAACCUCCCUCACCCCCUUCUUUGAUA